AUGAAGAAGUUUGGUUACCAACAGGCCAAUACUGAUCAUACUCUAUUCAUUAAACAUAGGGUUGGUAAGGUGACUUUGUUGAUUAUUUAUGUUGAUGAUAUGAUUGUGACUGGUGAUGAUACUAUAGAAAUCGAGGAACUGCAGAAGCGUUUAGCAUCUGAAUUUGAAAUGAAAGAUUUGGGUAGUCUGAAAUAUUUUCUAGGAGUGGAAGUCACUUGA